AUGGCUCUCAGUUAUCGAUUAGAGCUUCUCUCGCUCAUGAUCCAUCGUGUUGGGUCCUCAAUACCCACCGAGAUUUAUGAGGAUCUCUGGGAGUACACCAUCGGUACGCGUGCACUCUCAAACGACGCCCGGGAUUCUGCAUGGAAGCAGUUACUGCAAACGAACAAAUCGGCCCCGAACAACGAAUACUGCAGACGACUCGUCUCUUCGCAUCUACCCAACAUGGAACCCAAAUUCUACACCCAUGCCAUGUUCGAAUUCGUCGAAAACUACAGUUUCCCUACCACUCAUCAUGUCGUGGAGACGGAUGAUGGGGAGAACACGGUAUUGCAGAUUCCUGGAGCCGAGUUGCUCUGGCCUAUGAUCCUUUCUUCGCCAGAGGGUACGAUUGAAGACUGCGCUGCACGUCUACUCGCAGCUCGUUAUGUGCAGAUUGACGAAGCCGAGGGCGUCACGCUGGGGGAUGUAGAGGCAGCCCAUGUUAUACUUGUCGAGAAGUGCAUGCAAGAGAUUCGAUCCGCAUGUAAGAUUCUAUUUGAGUACUUGAGCUUCUUCCCAGCCCCAAGCUCUAUUGUAGAUAGCGUCAUGACCGACGAAGCACAGUCUGAAGACCUUUUCCCACCAGGAAAGUUCUUCCAGGCACGGUACGCGGCACUCGCCCUUCAAGCUAGAUUGCAAGAGCAGAUACGCUAUUCGACCCUUGAUGAGAAGUUUGUAACAAAGGCCAUACGCCACCUGGAUGCAGCACUUCUGAACACUACCCUCAUCGCUGAAAAGAUUGCGAGCUUGCAAGAGCGUCGAUUAGCAACAGUCCUUGUCAACGUCCUAUUGGAGUUUCUCAGAGGUAAGUACCACGUCGGUAGCUUUGUUGCCAUUGCCAACGUCUUAUGCGAAGCAGAGCGACCCUCCGCUGAGACAUCGGCUACCUACUUUUCCGACGGAGCACGACUCGCCAACCGUCUUGUAACGAUCCUAUCCGUGGCAUUAGAGAAGAAAGAAAAUGCCGUGGUUAUUCAUGAUUGCUACGGUGUUAUUAUUGAAGCAUCACUGCAUUCGCGGGUGAUAUGGGAAGCUUUUAUCAAGCAUCCGGAAGUUCCUUCGCUUCACAGGGUACUUCUACUACAAGACGACAGACAGUCAGUCCGAGAGAACAUUUCAAAGAAGAUUGCUUCAAUCUGCGGUGGAGGUCUUCCUUUCACAUGUCCACUCAGCCAAGGCGAAAUCGCUGGGCAGGUCUGGGCAGGUAUUUCUGCUAUCCUUCCCGAUACUGUACUCUACCCGAAGCAGUCCCGAGAACUAUUCACUAUGGCCGAUCAUGUAUUCCACGUCCAAGAUGAGCAUGAACGCAACGAGGGCACCCUCAGAAUGUUCCUGGCCACGUGGAGCGGCCUGCUUCUGAAGCAUAAGCAUGAGGAAAUCGUGGGUCGAGAGGAAACCGACUAUGUUGUUUCGGGCUUCACAAAGCUUCUUCUGAGCUGCAUCAUGUCGCUCAAGUCGUUCAAGAGGCCCAUUAAUGCAAGCGACAUUAUGGAACAGAUUUUCAAGAAAUACAUUUUCACGAGGAGUUCUUCCACGCUAGAAGACGGUGUAGCUCCUGUCCCGAUACUGGAGUCCCAUACGAGGCGUGAACUGUACGAUCUCAUGCUUGCCUUGGUCGACGACAGCAGCACGUACAGCAAUCUUCUCAAGCUUGCCGAGGAGGUAGAGGAUGAAGAUUUUGAUCCCGUCAUGUCAACAAUUUCUGUUGAUCGCUCCGUGGAGAUACGAUCCGGCACCGGCUAUGUGGGGUUGUAUAACCCGCGAGCUAUCUGCUAUGCAAACUCGCUACUGACACAGCUUUUCAUGAAUGUAAACUUUCGAAAGUUUAUGCUCGGCUUGGAGUUGCAGGAACGCGAUGGCUCCCAGAAGCUGCUACUCGAAACGCAGAGGCUCUUCACCAACAUGCAGCACUCCUUCCGCAGGGCUGCUGAUCCACGCAACUUCGCAGCCUGUGUCAAGGAUUCAGAAUCCAUGCCAAUCGAUAUCAGCAUUCAAAUGGAUGCCGAUGAGUUCUACAAUUCCCUCUUUGAUCAAUGGGAACGCCAGCUCAUCAAUGAGACACAUAAGCAGCAAUUCCGUUCCUUCUACGGUGGCCAAACUCUUAAUCAGAUCAAGUCAACGGAAUGUGAGCACGUCUCUGAGCGAGCAGAGCCGUUCUUUGCUGUGCAAUGCGAUGUCUUGGGCAAAUCAACUCUACAAGAAAGUCUCCAAGCUUUCGUUAGUGGCGAUGUCAUGGAGGGCGACAACAAAUACAAGUGCGAGUCGUGUGGCGGUAAAUACGUGAACGCCGUGAAGCGAACCUGCUUCAAGGAGGUGCCCGACAACCUCAUCUUUCACCUCAAACGCUUCGAGUUCGACCUGGUAGACUUCAGCCGUAAGAAGGUUUACGACCAUUUUGAGUUCCCGCCGUCGAUCGACAUCAACGCGUACCACGUUGAUUACCUCAGCGACCCGACCAAGCCACAGGAAGAGGACAUGUUCGAUCUCGUCGGUGUGCUUGUCCACACUGGCACCUGUGAGCAUGGUCAUUACUAUUCUUACAUCCGCGAGCGACCUUGCUCCACUGGCAGUAAGGUACCUGACAGUAAGGUACCUCCUUGGUUUGAAUUUGACGACUCCAACGUCACGCCUUUCGAUCCGGCUGACAUCGCAUACCGCGCAUUCGGAGGCAUGACGGAUGAUACCUACAGCCGGGUACUGAAACAAUACUCGGCAUACAUGCUAUUCUACCAACGCCGUACUGCCCUCGACGCAGAUCAAAGUCAAUGGGUCACUUCUACGAACGAAACAACGCCAAAGGUUCCCAUGCCCAAGGAUCUAGAGCAUGAGGUUGACAUUGUCAACGAGGCGCUUGUCCAAGAGUAUUGCUUACUUGACCCCGACCAUACCGCGUUUGUGCGGCAACUUCAUGUGAUGUCGCGCUCCAUCAAUCAUGGUUCUUGCUCAGAGGAUCACGCUCAGGAGGUGCAUUCGCUUCAGAUUGUGCUUGGGCAUCUCGGUCGCAUCGUCUGGCGCCACCCUAGUUCGGACAUCUUUUGCGAAACACUAGUUCAGCUGCGACGUUCAGUUUUGCCAUGUACGAUGUGCUGCACUAUCGCUCUCAAGUUCCUUGCUGGGGAUGAGCAUGUCUUCUUCAAUCUACUCGUUCGUUGCCCACACGCCAAAGUCAGGUCUCAGAUACGCAACUUUUUCAUCGACUGUCUGAAGGUGGUUCGCGAUCAAGAUCCUGCCAUGUAUGGCUUUGAAGGCAUGGAGAACGAUAUGGACGUCGACUCUCCCAGUCUGAAGGAGGGAGUACUCACAGACGUCACGUCUAGGCUACGUCAAAUGGCGGAUGAGAGCUAUCUCUCAACCCGAGGCUGGGACGAUUUUUACCUCAUGGUGAUCCAAAUCAUAGAGAUGGGUCACUCGGAAACCGCCGCAUUGCUGAAUCAUGGGUUCCUCCAGUUCUGCCUGACAAUGCUUUCUAUGCAUGUUCACAAGAGCUUCCAAGAGAGGAACCCUGAGCUAUGGAGAAUCCUGAACAAGAAGACAGGAAUCUACAAUAGGCUUGUCGCCUGUGCUUCCACCCUACUCUCGCAGAUGGAUACACAUCUACCCGUCAUCGAACGAAACUCGAGUGUAGAUCGACAGGAUACUCUGGAUCGAGAAAGCAUGCGGUUCCCUCUGACAUUUGACGAGAGAGCAAUGCUGUAUUAUUGGGACAACGAGCUCAAGGCAAUUGCAGUCCUGGACAAGGCUUUGGAGAUGUUCGAUUCCUCCAAAGUGGAUCAAUUCUGUCCGGGUGACAUUGUCAAGUCGAUGCUUGGCUGGGCGAACGCGCAAGCCCAGAACAAUCUGUUGAAGACCAUCAACGACGGAAUUGCCCUUGAUCCUCCUUUCUGCGAUGCAUACAUGAGAGCAGGCCUGUCGUUCUGCGAAGCCUCUCCUGCCGUCGACAAUGUCCUGAAGAUCAUCACCGCGGUGACAAAGGCAAUCGCAUCGCAGACCCGGGUUGACGAGGAGCGCCCCCCAGGCGGACCUGCUGUCCUCGGAUUCAUCGUUGGCCUUCUCAACGCAGACAACACGGCCAUCUUCCAGCAAAAGAACCGACAUGUGUUCUUUUACUGGAUCAUGGCGAAGAGCCGCACGUGGGCACCUCCUCUGCUUAUGCAUACAGUGGACAGUGUACGUCACGGUGCAAAUCUCGUCUUGCGGGAGCUUUACAAGACUCAUAACGACUGGCCCGAGGAAUUGGUGCACGCUCAAUGGAGAACGCUCCGCGAACUAGCUAUUGAGAUGAUGCAGCAUAUUCUUUCCGGGAAGAACCAGUGUAUGCUCAAGUCACAUCUGAGUGUACUUAUUGAGGCUUGCGAGUACCUUAUUCAGCAGCUCUUCGACCUGAGCCAAAGCGAGGACCCGGCGUUAGAAGCGUAUCGAGACGAAGUCCAAGAUCCAAGCUGCAUUUUCCAAUGGCAGCAGCACGUUGAGCCUGCUAUAAACUCAUGGCCGCAAGAUGACGGCCUCUCGGCGGGUGAUGUGUAUGAGCAGUCAGAAUUUGGUAGUGAGUCUGAUAUGGAGGACGUGGCCGAUGUUGAUGCAUGA